AUGGGCUGGCGCGGGCCCCGGCUCGCCUGCUGCGGGGCGGCGGCGCCAGAGUCCGGGGCCCGGGCGAGGCCGAGCUCCGGCGCCCCGUCUCCGCCUCCGCCAUCACCCCCCUCACCCCUGGGUCGGGGGCCGCGGGCGCUGCUGCCGCUGCUGCUGCUGCCGCCGCUGCUGCUGCUGCGGACCUCGGCCUUGGCGGCGGGGGCGGCGGCCCCGGGCGCGGUUUGCUGGUGGGCGCCGCGGGGAGCUGGCUCCAUACGGGAGCGGACUCAGCGCGCCGCGGUGGUGAUCGAGGGCCAGGUGCCCCGCCGGAGACCGCCAGACCAGGGGCCCCUGCUGGAGGAGGUGGCCCGAGCCUCUGCCAGAGGGCUGGAGGAGCCGCCCACGACGUCCCACUCGCGCCCCAGCCUCAGCCCCAGCCCCCGCCCCGGUAGCGGCGGGGACGCUGAAGUGCCCUACCUGGUAAGAGUGCGCCACGUGUGGGCGGUUAAGACAGGCGGGCUGAGCCGUGACGCGCUGGUCACCGUGCGCCUGGGCCCGGCCCCGGGCUUGGCCUCCCCAUCGCCCUGUGGGGACCCGCGGCCUCCGUCUCCGCCGCGGCGGCUGCGGGAGGACCGGACCUACAUCUUCUUCAUGGAGCCGGAGGCCAACAGCAGCGGCAGCGAGGUUCCCGCGGCGUUCAAGGCUUCUUCGCCUCCACUGCCCGCAGGCAGGAAAGUCCGGAAGGAAGUUGGCCGAUUGCUGUGUGAGCGGUGCGCUGCCCCUCCCCGAUUGAAAGAGAUGAGGAGCCAGGAAUCAGCUGCUGGCUCAAAGCUGGUGCUUCGGUGUGAGACCAGCUCAGAGUACUCCUCUCUCAAGUUCAAGUGGUUCAAGAAUGGGAGUGAAUUAAGUCGGAAAAACAAACCACAAAAUGUCAAGAUACAAAAAAAGCCAGGGAAGUCAGAACUACGUAUCAGUAAAGCUACGCUCGCCGACUCCGGGGAGUACGUGUGCAAAGUGACCAGUAAACUAGGCAAUGACAGUGCCUAUGCCAACAUCACCAUCGUGGAGUCAAAUGAGACUAUAACUAGCAUGCCAGCAUCUACUGAAAGGGCAAGCAUGCCAUCAGAGUACCCCACUAGAAUAUCCAUGUCAACAGAAGGGAUCAAUACUUCUUCAUCCACCUCAACCUCCACAGCUGGAACAAGCCAUCUGGUCAAAUGUGCUGAGAAGGAUAAGACUUUCUGCGUGAAUGGAGGAGAGUGCUUCAUAGUCAAGGAUCCAUCAAACCCCUCCAGAUACUCAUGCAAGUGCCCAAAUGAGUUUACUGGUGAUCGUUGCCAAAACUACGUAAUGGCGAGCUUCUACAAGCAUCUUGGGAUUGAAUUUAUGGAAGCUGAGGAACUCUACCAGAAAAGAGUGUUGACCAUCACUGGCAUCUGCAUUGCCCUCCUAGUGGUUGGCAUCAUGUGUGUGGUGGCCUACUGCAAAACCAAGAAGCAGCGAAAAAAGCUUCACGACCGGCUACGGCAAAGCCUUCGUUCAGAACGCAACAAUAUGGUGAACAUGGCCAAUGGGCCUCACCACCCCAACCCGCCCCCGGAGAACGUGCAGCUGGUCAAUCAGUAUGUAUCCAAGAACAUCAUCUCUAGUGAGCACGUCAUUGAACGAGAGACAGAGACAUCAUUCUCAGCUAGUCACUGCACCUCACCAGCUCAUCACUCCAUGGCUGCCACACAGACACCCAGCCACAGCUGGAGUAAUGGGCACACAGAAAGCAUAGUCUCUGAAAGCCACUCUGUGCUCGUGAUUUCAUCCAUAGAAAACAGUAGGCACACCAGCCCAGCUGGGGGGCCUAGAGGACGUCUUAAUGGCAUGGGAGGUCCCCGAGAUUGUAACAGCUUCCUCAGGCAUGCCAGAGAGACCCCUGAUUCCUACCGAGACUCUCCUCACAGUGAAAGAUAUGUAUCAGCAAUGACUACCCCAGCUCGCAUGUCACCCGUAGAAUUCUACAUGCCAAGCUCCCCUAAGUCACCUCCUUCUGAAAUGUCGCCACCCAUAUCAAGCUUGACAGUGUCCAUGCCAUCUGUGGCAGUCAGCCCCUUUGUGGAAGAAGAGCGGCCUCUGCUCCUGGUGACGCCUCCGCGCCUUCGGGAGAAGAAAUAUGAUCACCACCCCCAACAAUUCAACUCCUUUCACCACAACCCAGUCCAUGAGAGCAAUAGCCUCCCCCCUAGCCCCUUAAGGAUCGUGGAGGAUGAGGAGUAUGAGACUACACAGGAGUAUGAGACCACCCAGGAGUAUGAACCAGCGCCAGAGCCCACAAAGAAACUCGUCAACAGCCGCCGGGCAAAAAGAACAAAGCCCGAUGGCCAUAUUUCUAACAGGUUGGACAGCGACACAAGCUCUGAGAGUAGUAACUCGGAAAGUGAAACAGAAGAUGAAAGAAUAGGCGAAAAUACCCCUUUCCUGAGUAUACAGACGCCACUGGCCGCUGGCUUGGAGUCAGCCCCUGCCUUCCGCCUGGCUGACAGCAGGACUAACCCAACUAGCCGCUAUUCCACUCAGGAGGAGUUCCAGGCCAGGCUGUCCAGUGUAAUAGCUAAUCAAGACCCUAUCGCUGUAUAAAACCUAAAUAAACACAUAGAUUCACGUGUAAAACUUUAUUUUAUAUAACGAAGUAUUCCACCUUAAAUUAAACAAUUUAUUUUAUUUUAGCAGUUCUGCAAAUAGAAAACAGGAAAAACUUUUAUAAAUUAAAUCUAUGUAUGUAAAAAUGUGUUAUGUGCCAUAUGUAGCAAUUUUUUACAGUAUUUAAAAAUGAGAAAGAUAUCAAUGGUGCCUUUAUGUUCUGUUGUUAUGUUGAGAGCAAGUUUGUCCAGUUACAGUGAUUGCUGUUCCACAGUAUUUCUGCAAAAUUUCCCAUGGUCAGUUUUCCUGGCUUCUUGUACAUUGCAUCAUGUUGAGUGGAUGUAGGAUCCAUAAGACUUACCACUGUUCCUCUUUUGGCUUAGAGUAAGAGCCCAAGUGAG